AUGUGUGCCCUGUCCUGCGAGCUGACCGCCCUGCUGCUGCUCUGCGCCCUGCUCCCCCACGGCCAGGCAUCAGGAUGUGCGAGGCCCCCUGGAGUGCAGCAUGGAGACCUGAACCAGACUGAGGCGAACCGUGGGUCGUUCCCCGCUGGGACUCUGCUCUCCUACAGCUGUGACCCCGGCUUCAGCGCAGACGGCGCCGUUAGCAUCAUCUGCACCAGCCUCGGCACCUGGUCCCACCCUCCGCCACGCUGCGUCCGCAACAACGUGUGUCUGCCUCCCACUGAACCAGAGAACGGAGGGUACCGCUGUCACCCGUCUCCGUGCCACAGACUCACCCACAAAACGGUCAUUGAGUAUUUCUGUGACGAGGGCUACGCUCUGAAGGGAGACUACAAGUUCCUCACCUGCCAGAACGGGGAGUGGGACGCCCCCAUGCAGGUCAGCUGCCGGCUCACACAAGAUAAGGAGCCGUCCUCUCCUCUGGGGAUCCCAGCGUUGUCCAUCGUGGCGUCCACUGCCAGCUCCGUGGCUCUCAUCCUGCUGCUAGUCGUGCUCUUUGUUCUGGUUCAACCCAAACUCAAGUCUUUUCACCACAGCAGGAGAGAGCAGGGCGUGUCGGGACAGUCUGGGUCCAUCAUGGUGGAGGGGGUGCAGGUGCCACUCCCCUCGUAUGAAGAGGCCGUGUACGGGAACUCCAUUGAAGGCGCUCCCCCUGCCUCCCCCGUGCCUCCCCCCUCCGUCCCCAUCGUGCUGUCGGAGGGACCUCAGGGGGCCAGCGGAGGCUCAGGUCCACACACAGACUUUGACUACUGCCUCCCCUCCACAUCCUCCUCCUCCUACUCCUCCUCCCGCCACAGUCGCCAAGCGGAGACUGUCCUGGUCCACCACACCUCCUCCUCCUCCUGGGACAGAGACUCCCCACGAGGAGCCUGUGCCCCCCUCCCUCUUCGCAGAGACUCAGAGAGCAGUGACCAGCACAGCCUCCUGUCCGUCACCUCCACAGACGACUACUCUGAUGAUAUUCCUCUGCUGAAGGAAGCGCAACACAGUACAAACUCAAGACAGACAAUGAGUGGGUGUCGCAUCUUCAUCGGUCGCCUGAGCCCGUCCGCCCGAGAGAAGGACGUGGAGAGGUUCUUCAAAGGAUAUGGCCGCAUUCGGGACAUAGAUCUCAAGAGGGGGUUCGGAUUCGUGGAGUUCGAUGACCCCAGGGACGCUGAAGAUGCAGUUUAUGAGCUCGAUGGCAAAGAACUUUGCAACGAAAGAGUGACCAUAGAACACGCCCGAGUGCGUCUGCGCGGAGGCCGAGGCAGAGCCAGCAGCUCUGGGGGAAGAUUCUCAUCGUCAGAUCGCUACGGCAGAGGCUCUCAGAGCAGUCGCAGCAGCCGCAACCCGCCGCCGAUGCGCACAGAGAACCGUCUGAUCGUGGAGAACCUGUCGUCUCGCGUGAGCUGGCAGGAUCUGAAAGAUUACAUGAGACAAGCCGGAGAGGUGACUUUCGCUGACGCACACCGGCCCAAACUAAACGAAGGGGUGGUAGAGUUUGCCUCUUACAGCGAUCUGAAAAAUGCCCUGGAUAAGCUGAGUGGGAAGGAGAUCAAUGGAAGGAAAAUCAAGCUCAUCGAAGCCAACAAAGCCAAAAGGUCCAGGAGUCGGUCUCGCUCGGCCAGCUCAUCUCGCUCUCGCUCCCGGUCUCGCUCCAGAUCCCGCGGCCGCUCCGUGUCUCGCUCUCCUCGUCGCUCUCGUUCUCCUCGCAGCCCACGAAGCCCCGCCCCUAAAGCCCGCUCCCCUCCAUCCCGCUCGGCCUCCCCCGCCCCUCGAGACUCCUCCCGCACCCCUCCCCCCAAAUCCAAGUCCUCGUCCUCCUCGUCCUCAACCAAACGCCAGAACAAGGCCAAGUCCAGUCCUCCCCCAUCCCCUCCCCCCGCUCAGAAGGCCUCACGCUCUCGCUCCAGGUCCAGAUCCAGGUCCAGGUCUCGCUCCAGGUCCAGGUCCCGGUCCCUGUCCACAGAUAGCCAGCGCUAA